CCUCCCUUGCUCAACAAAAGCAGCUCACACUUUACUUCCUAAACACAUUACAAGACGGGACAAGAUGAAGGGGCCAAGUUUUUCACAGAUUCUCUUUGGACCAGGGCUCCUCCUUUACCUGAUGACUGUAGUUUUAAAGCUAUCCGGAGUUGACUCUGUUCCUACAGAACCAUACGAUAAGGUGGUUGGUGAAAACUUCAGCUUUCACUGCCCUGUUGAUGAAAAGAGGGAAUUAGAAUUUUUGUACUUUCAAAAAAUUGUGGACAAGCAAGAUCCAAUUUUCUAUAAUGGAUAUCACUCUUCAAAACCUUUGGAACCAAUGCCAAACACAAAAAUGGACCCCAAAAACACAAUAAUGCACAUGUUUGGACUAAAGCUGUCUGACAGUGGUAUUUAUGAAUGUUACUAUAAGUAUAAAGAUGAUCAAAAGCAGGUCAAUGAGAAAAGGAUGCGCCUUAAUGUCACAGCCUUCUUCACUAAGCCUGUUAUCACACACAGAUGUGGCAACGAAAAUGGCAUACCAUUGGAAUGUGAUGUGCAGUGUGAUUCAUAUAAUGGGCUAAAAGGAAAAGAGAUAGGCUGGGAAUUUAAAGGAAAUAUCACCAAAGACAGGUGGAAGGUUUCAAAUCGAGUUAGAGACCCAUCCAGUACAGAGUUGGUUAAUAUCUCCAGCACUGCAACUAUCAACUGCUCCGGUGGUGAAGUGUCUGCGUUCUGCUUUAUCGACGGCUCCAUGUCAAAUGUCUCAGUGUGUUCUCCCAAGGCCCCACCUGAGGCCCCACCUACCAUGACUAUUGCUGUGAUAGCUGCAACAGUUGUCUGUGGUGUUGUCGGGGUGUUGCUGCUAAUGAUUUGUUUAAUAUUAAGGAGAAGAAAUACAUGUACAGAAACAGGUACUUCUACUGAGAGUUUAACAAAUUUGCAUUUCAGCUCUUGUGAUUCACUAUGAAAAAAGAUGCAAAAAUACUUAUCAUGUUUCUCUUUUUUUUUUUCUUUCUAGAAGCUGCAAGGAAUGUAAUAGAGGAGUCCAUACAUUUAAAUUGUGUUUGAUGAGAAAAACUGGAUUCUUGAGAAUCUAAAAGAACAUUCGGACUGAAGCUCACCUGUCUUCCAGCAUGGGUUCUAAGCUAUCUGUCACUGAACUGAACAUGUGACCUAAAGCUUGCCCAGGAACGCUCAACAAGUCUGUGACUCACGAGGGAAUGACUGCCAAUGCGUGGGCUCUCAAAGCACAGGGAAGUAUUUAGGUUUACCCAGGGAAGGUGUGCGUCAUUGAACAACCAUGGUUAACUUUCUAAGGAAAUGACAUUUGUGGGGGAGCAGAGUGAUGUCUCAACCCACAAUAUAAAAAAACAUCUAAUGGGAACAUCUCAUGGGAAUAACAAGACGAGAAGCAAAACUAGACACACAAGCACUUCUAUGUUACACUGACUACCGCUGGAGUAAUUGCUCUAGGUUUAUUUCAAAACUGUUUUGAAUGUUUCUAUAUCCCAGCAAUACUAAGCAUUUUUAUUUUGGUCAUAAUACAACAAUAACAUAUUUUUCUAAAAAUAACAAAGUUGUGUUAAAUGGAAAUAACAUUGUAGCAGGCUGUUUAAGGAACUGUAAAUAUUUGUAUUGCAGUAUUUUUUUAUAUA